AUGUAUGGCGGCCUACAAUCUUCGUAUUCCUUGAUUUCAAGUUUAACUACGUUUGCUCAGCAAGGUGUGCCCCAAACGUUCGUGAACAUAAUCCGAUCCCUAUAUUCACAUGCAUCUGGGUGUGUGAUAUCUUCUGACGACAUCGCCCUCAUCUUUGAAGACCAAGGCGGAGCACAAGCCCUGUUGAAUAAACUGACCACCGUCACACCACCUUUCGGCACGCUGCUUUCACGUUUAAAGUACAAAGCCAUGCUUCAGAACGCACGAUCUCUGGACGUACCUGGAAUUUCAAUGCAAAUCACCGGAGGUUUCGGAGGACUUCACAUACCUCGUGCAAGAAUCUCAGAGGCCCGAUUCAUAUGUGCUAAUUUGCGUCACUUGUUGCGCCAAAAAGCAUAUCACUGGGUUUUAAGGCCCGCAUGUACCAGGCCACAGUAA